UAUUGCACAAAAAUAUUCACUCACUUCCCACUGCACAAAACCCUGCCACCACCAUUCAUUCACUGCCAACACAACUUCAGUAUCAACCAUUUCUCUUUUCUUUUCAGAUCUAACACAAAAAAUGCAAACUCAUCUCACACUCACUCCUCUCUUCCUCUACUUCAUCUUAUCUCUCUCCACCUCCAUCUUAGCCCAUGACCAAUCCCAACCCCAAGAUCUAGUCCGUUCCUCCUGCCUUCACGCCAGAUACCCAAAGCUAUGUCUCCGAACACUCUCCACCUACACCGGCCCCGCCAAAAGUCCACUAGACAUAGCCCAGGCUGCACUCCGGGUAAGCCUAGCCCACGCCAAGAGAGUCUCCAAAUAUAUAGGAUCCUCCAAUGUCGGAUCCCACAGCAGCAGUAGCUUGAGUAAGCGUCAGCAGGCUGAUCUCAGUGACUGCAAAGAGCAGAUAGCUGAUUCUGUUGAUGAACUCCGGAAGAGCUUGGGGGAGUUGCAGCAUAUGCGACCGGAGACGUUCCGGUGGCAGAUGAGCAAUGCUUUGACGUGGGUGAGCGCUGCUCUCACUGAUGGGGAUACUUGUCUUGAUGGGAAUGUGAUGCCGGAUGUGAAGAAGAGGGUUACUGAUCUUGCGAGAGUGACGAGUAAUGCUCUUUACAUGAUUAACCGUGUUGGAUGAAGUGGGAGCUGGAAGGUCAUGGGUCGUUCGAGAUCUAGAAAGUGAGGUUGUUGUUGGUGUUAUCGUGUGUACGGAAGUGAAAGAUAGUAACGUUGAACUGUUUGGUUUUUUUUUGUUUUUUGUUUUGUUUGUAGAACGUGUUAGUGUGAAUGAUUGUUGUAAUUGAUAAGUGAUGUUUGUUUUUGUUUUACUAAGAUAAAUAGUGUUUGUGGUUAAGGUGUUUGUUUUGUUUAAUGAUGUUUAUGGUGCUAAAAUGUUUGAUGUUAAUCGAAUGUUGGGGAAGUGAAAUGGAUGGCAUGAUGGGAGAUAGGGUAGGGGAAUGUAUGUGACCAUGUGAUGAAAGUGAUUAUGAAUUAUUGUUAAUGAAUAAGGAAAUGUGUUUGGGAUGUUUUUCGUA